CCAGUCGAGUUUUUCCGCGAACCUGUCGCCCCGGUUGGGCCGGCGCCCACAGUUUUUCCCUUGCUGUCGCCCGAAACGGUCGCAUUCGCGUGUUCCGCCAACUUCCGCGGUCGGUUGUGUUGUUCCGUUCUGCACACACGUGUGGUGUGGUGUGUACAUUCCCCGGGGGUGUCACUCCGGAGCUAAUUUGGGCUGCUUCGAUUGGAAAUUACGGGAGCGCCUUAUCAGCGCCUGAAGGUAUGCAGUUUUGCCGGGCGUAAUUUGGGCGAUUUUCCGGCGCAAAGUGACAGAAGCUGUGGUGCGAGGGGUAGGACACAAGUUUCGAUUUUUCAGUCUCCUUUUUUUGUGGGGCGAAGGCAAACUCUGCGUUCGUCGUCGGGGUGCAAAAAGAGAGAUGAAAUUGCGAUGAUAAUGCACGAAAAUAUCGAUUCGUCGUGAGUGUUUGGUCGGGCAAGUGUCCUCGUCGGUCGGUCGGAUGCUGCAGGCAGGAAGCACCAUGAGGAGUGCCGGAACGUGUUGAUGACGCGCCACUCGGCCGAGAAUCUGAGGCGAAAAGUGGAAGAAGGCUGCUGCAAUCAAAGCAGGCAUAAAUUACAUAACUUUGCACACACUGGUGGCGGCUAGCCGGCUCCACAGCGUCGUCCAGGAGAAGAAUCAUGGCCAACUUGGACGCCGUCGCCGGACGGAUCCCAUGGGAUGAGUGCUAAUUGGAUUACCCUCUUCGCUUCCAGGGGGGGGGGGGGUGAAAUGCAACUCUCUCUCUCUCACUAAUGAUGAUCACAUCGCCGGCGGUGAUAAUGAUGAUGAGUGCAGCACAUUCGCUGUAAUUGCUCCUAAUGGCCGGUGUAGUCCGUCCGUUUCCCGAAGGAGUAGUCAAUUACCGCGUGCUGACGGCUGAAUCGUCCAAGUGUGAUUGACGUGCCCUGACCGGAAAAAAUCCAUUAGCGGAAUCUCCACUCAAGACAAAACAACAACAUCACCAACAGUAGGCGGUUCCGUUCCGUUUUAAAACUGACAGGAUCCCAUCAACGAGUCUUAGUCAAGUGAGUGGCGCAGCGCUGCGCGCACAAAAGGGGAUGAGUGAUUGAUGAGUGGCGGCAGUCAGUGCAGUAGUAGGCCGAUUUCGGAGGGGGCAGAUUCCGCUCAAGCGGUCUGGAAAGUGUGAAAAAUCGUUGUGUCUUCGUGCAAGAAAAAAAAAACAAAGAAGAAUAGUUUUAGUCGCUGUUGUUGUUGUUCGUGAAAGAGCAACUUUCCCGAGGAAGAUUAAUGAUUCUGGUCCACCGGUUUAUUGAUUCUGGUCCGGGCGACGACGCGCGAACGGUUCCGUGGUGAUAAUGAUGCCGAAAGAAGCAGAGGAAAAUAAUACGAUUAUAAAUUAAAGCUGCCGCCAGCUGGUGGCGUGCCAAGUGAAGAGAAGAGUGUGAGCGUGCGUGCGUGCGUGAAAAAUCCGGCUCACGGUUUGACAGUUGGACGGAUUCCGACACUUUAGGGCUGGAUACACACAUAAUGGAUGCUUAAAAAAUUAAAACUAAUCAAAAACCAAAAACAAACCACCAAGUGCGCCACGUGGUGUGAGCCCCAAAAAAUGUCUCACGUGGACGCCACGGCGAAAAAGUCACCAACAACGCCUACUGCGACCAUCACCACGGUAUGAUGCUCCGCUGGUGGCCUAACCUGGGGCUGACGCAGCCCUACUACAAGUAUCUAUGGCGGUGCUGGCUGCUGGUCGGCCUGAUACUCCUUCAGCGUAUCAGCUACGGCCAGAUGGAGGAGAUUUUACGGUUAAGGGGAGGUGGGCAGGGUAGUGGAGGUGGAGGUGGCGGAAGUGGUCACCAUGGCCACCACCAACAACAGCACCUGCAACAGCUGGAUGAACAGGAGCACCACUUUUCGUCGGCGUCCUCAAACGAGAUCGAGUGCCCGAGCUUCGUCGACAAUUCGGCCUGUCCGUGCUACAAGUUUGAGGAUGGCCUCUUUCUGGAGUGUCCAAGCAUUACGGCGGUGGUUCUGAGGUCCACCCUGCAGCUAAUCUCCUCCCCGAUUCAGUCACUCUCAGUUUACGAGUUUGAUCGGUCCGUGAAGUCACUCACGGUGGAUCUGUUCGCGCCGGCAAACCAGCAAAGCAGUGAUGUCAACAUCCGACAUUUGCAAUUUUCCAACUCAAACCUCCAGCAGCUGAAGGAGAACAGUUUGAGCAACUUGCGAGCUCACCUGGAGAGUUUGAGCAUUGUGAAUGGAAAGUUGACGCAGGUGCCCACGAAAGCGCUGGCCGGGCUGAAGAAGCUCAUGGUGCUGGAUUUUGAGCUGAACGAGAUCUCCGCGAUCGAGGAGUACGCCUUCUACGGGCUUCACCUGGUGAAGCUGAACAUGAAGGGCAACCGGCUCGAACGGAUCCCGGAGAAUGCCUUCUCCGGCCUAGAAGACUCCCUAGCCGAGCUGGAUCUGUCCGAGAACCGGCUCAAACAGUUCCCGACGGGGGCGCUGAAGCGGCUGGAGAAUCUCCGCUCGGUGCGACUCUCGAUGAACGAGAUCAACUCGCUCGAGCAGGACGACAGCUACACGAGGUUCGGCUCGCUGGUCUUUUUGGACCUGAGCUUGAACAACUUUGUCGAGCUGUACAGUGACGUGUUCAAUCCGUUCCCGUACGUGAAGACGCUGUCGCUGUACAACAACUUUAUCGAGCUGGUGCAUCGGGACAGCUUCGUGUCGCUGAAGGAGCUGCAGUCGCUGGAUCUGAGCCACAACCAGGUGGUGUUUGUGGAUCCGGAGGUGUUUUCGGCGAACCGGAAGCUGCACACGGUGGAUCUGAGCCACAACCAUAUUCACUACGUGAGCGGGGUGUUUGCGAAUCUGCCGCUGUUGAGGGAGAUCUUUUUGAGUGAGAAUAACAUUUUGGAGUUGACGGACGAUUGCUUCAGCAAUUCGAGCAGUAUUAAGGUGAUCUACUUGGAGAACAACUCGUUGCAGCGGUUGGGCAGUGAUACGCUUGCGACGGUGACGAACUUGGAGCAGCUGUAUCUGAGUGGGAAUCACAUUCAGCGGAUUCCGGUGGGGUUCUUCGAGACGACGGUGAAGCUGCAGUCGUUGAGCUUGGACGGGAACGAGCUUACGGAGCUGGACGUGAGGUUGUUUAGGAGGUUGGCGAAUCUUCGGGAGGUUCGACUCAACGGGAAUCAGCUGCGAUCGAUCCGGGAGCACCUGUUUGCCGCCCAGGAGAACAUGAUGGAGUUGCAUUUGCAGAACAACGUGAUCUCGUUGAUUGAGAGGAAUGCGUUCAAGAACUGUCUGCAGUUGCAGUACAUCAAUCUGCAGGAGAACGAGCUGGACGAGAUCGAUAUUCUGCUGUCGACGACGGCAUCGACGGAUUCGGCCAACCAGCAGCCGUUGACGGCGCGAGGGAAGCUAAUAACCACCAAGACGGAUCCGGGGAGCUUCGGAGAUCCGCAGGAUUCGCUGACCUCGUCCUCGUUGAUCUCGAUCCAGCUGAACUCGAACACGAUCAGGUACCUGCACGGUCACUCGUUCCAAGGUCAGGGCAGCGUGCAGAUCAUCUGGCUGGAGAACAACCUGCUCAAGAGCUUGGACAAGAUGCUGUUUGCGGAUCUGUUCCAGCUGGAGCGACUGUAUCUUCGGAACAAUACGCUGACCAGCAUAGAGUACGGGGCGUUGGAUUCACUGAGGCGACUUCGCUACCUGGACUUGAGCGUGAAUCGCUUGUCCACGUUGAACGAACAGCUGUUUCGAAGUCUGGCGGAGCUGGACGAACUCCACUUGGGAGACAAUCAGAUCGAGAACCUCGGACCAAACGUCUUCUCAUCGCUUCGGAAGCUUCGGGUGCUCGAUCUCAGUGAUAAUCCGCUGGGGACGCUCCAGAAGGACGUCUUCCAGCCGAAUCUGUCCGUUAGUAUGAUCAACCUCAAGAGUUGCGGACUGUCCCGCAUCGAGGCCAACACAUUCCGUGGGCUGCAGAACUUGAACGAGCUUAACUUGGAGGAUAAUCGGCUGAGGGCCGACGACGUCCGCCAAAUCGACGUAAGUUCCUUGAGGACGCUACGAUUGUCCAUGAACAACUUCACCGUGAUCAGGGAGAACAUGCUGGAUCGAUUACCGUCCCUGCAAAAUCUGGUUUUGGAUCGGUGUUCCAUCCGGGAACUUCCCGCAACCCUGUUCAGCAAAAACAACAACCUGGUCAAGCUGGACCUCAGCAACAACUAUCUCCGAACGCUGAAGCGGAACACCUUCAACAACCUGAACGUGUUCAAGGAACUUCGACUGCACAACAAUCAGAUCAACGACUUCCCGCACGUUGCACUGUCCAACGUGUCAACGCUGGAACUUCUAUCCCUGUCCAAAAAUCAACUGACCAGCGUAGAUUUCUACAAACUCCACGGGCUUCCGAACCUCCGCCAUCUGGACUUCCGGGACAACACCAUUUCGUCCCUGUCCGGGUUCAACACGGUCACGUUGCCCCAUCUGGACAUGAUCGACCUGAGCGGGAACCUCCUGCUGGCGCUACCCCAGAACUUCUUCAAACACUCGAUAAGUCUGCAGCGGAUCGACCUGUCCUGCAACCGCUUCAACCAGAUCCCCAACGCCGCACUCUCAGAGUCCUCGCUCGCGAGGUUGGCCUGGCUAAACCUCACCGGGAACCCACUCCAGCGGAUCCACCACACCAUGACGGCCGCCGACGACCAACACCGGAAGUACCCGCACCUCAAGGAACUCCACAUCAGCCAAACCAACCUGACGAUCCUCACCAGCAAAGACUUUGAGAUCUACCCCGCUCUGCAGCGACUCUACCUGAUCCAGAACCGCAUCAACCGGGUGUCCCCGGGCGCCUUCGUCGCCCUGUCCAACCUUCAGAUCCUGGAUCUCAGCGUCAACGAAAUCGAGAUCCUCCCAAAAGAACGUCUACAAGGCCUGAAACUGCUCGAAAUCCUCAACAUCAGCACGAACAACAUCAAGGAGCUGGACGAGUUCACCGACGACCUGCAGAAGCUCAAGAUCCUGGACAUUUCGUCCAACCAGCUGGAGCGCAUCCACAAGAACACGCUGCGUUAUUUGGUAGCGUUGCAGGAGCUGCACCUGUACGGGAACCGGAUCGUGAGCAUCUCGUCGGACGCGUUCCGAACGCUGCGGAACCUGAAGGCGCUGGACAUCCGGAAGAACUACUUCGAGGCGAUUCCGCUGCGGGCGCUGAAGCCGCUGGAGACGCACCUGAAGGAGCUGCGGGUGGGAGAAAAUCCCCUGCUCUGCAACUGUGAGACGCAGGAGCUGUGGGAGUGGCUGGGGGAUCACCGGAAGUGGACCAGCACCGGGUACGGGGGCGUCCGGUGCGAGCAGCCGGUCGAGAUCCAGGGCAAGGGCCUGCUGGCGAUGGAACCUCAAGAGUUUUGCGACAAACCGCUGAUACUGAAGAUUGCCAUCCAGGACAUCCGGCCGUACUCGGUGCUGGUGUCGUGGCAGAGCCGGGAGCAUUCCGGACUGCACGGGUACCACGUGAUUUUCCACUCGCUCGACACGGUGGAGGAUAUCCGCGGCAAAACGCUCAACCGGCAGGCCAACUCGGCCCAGCUGGACCGACUGUCAGCAAACACGCGCUACCUAAUCUGCGUGCUCGGGCUCGGAAACUGGCUGUCCGGUUACCAUGACCACGACAUCCACAGCCUGCUGAACCAGUCGAAUCAGAUCCAGAACCAGGUGCUGAACGGCCCGCACGGGUACGGCGUCAGUCAGGACGGCGGCAACGAGUUGGACACUUCGCUGUCGAACUCGCUGCUGUCGCUCAUGAUGGACACUCCGACGUCGCGGUGCACGGAAGUGCGCACUCUGGACGCCAUCGGGCCGAAUCCGUUGGCUGAGGUGGAUGGGAUGUCCAGCCGGAGCAUAAUUCAUUCCAUUUUGACGCGCCGCCUCGGACUGAUCGUGGGCUGUUGUCUGGGGAUCGUCGUUUUUAUCGUGCUGAUUUCGGUGCUGGGCUAUUUGAAGAUCAAGAAGCAGCGGCUGGACGCGGCCAAGCGGCUUCAGCAGCCGCCGAUGGCGCCGGAAUUCAUCUCGUACCGGCACUUUUCCAUCCCGAAUGACGAGCACGGCCGGGACGGGGUGGCACCGGGAGGAGGGACGAAUACGUUCCUGCAGGGGGCCGCGGUGGUGGCCAACCACGACGGUCAUCCGAGCUUCAUUUCCGGGGCUGUGCUCGGAACGACGACGACGCUGAACGGAGGCGCGGGAACCGGGCUCGUGCCCGGCGAGGAGCGCAAGAAGAUCAUGUUUGACAGUUGAAAGGAGCGUCCGGUUGAAGGAUCCUCCUCCUCCGUCAAUUAGGCUGUUAUCGAUAUCCUUCCUCGACUUCCGGUUCCGGUCUUUUUUUGUAAAAAAAAAAAACAAAACAGUCAAAAUAUCUCUAGUCAAAUCGAACAACGAGCAAAAAGAACAAAGUAAAACAUACAAAUCAAAGUAGGCAUCAUAAAUAUUUAGCACCAAAGAGUGAAAAGCGGAAACAAAAGAAAAUCAAAAGUGUUGAUAAGCUGUGUGUGGCAGAAUAAAUCAAAGGAACCCGAAAGCUAGCGCGCAAACAAAAUGGCGUCCGGAGCAAAAGUGAAAAAGAGGCGAAAAGCCUGCUCCCUGGGGGUUGUGUAAAUAUAUUUAUAAAUUCAAGGCUGACGGACCGACCGACAUUACUCGUUCCGGAACGGGAAAGUUAAAUUUCCGACCCAAUUGACACGAGUCAAACAAACAGAGAAAAAGAAGAGGAAUAAAAAGUUUCUUUUUUUAAAUGCCGCCGCUUGCAAACUGUAAAUAGAGCGAAUCAAAAGAAUCAGGGGUGAGGGGGCAGCUCUCACUCAAUCUCUUGACAAAAGGAUGGUUAAAAAAGUUCGCACCCGAAAAAACAACCAGCGAAGGAAAUUAAAUUGGGAGGAAACGAGUCAACAAACUAAAGCGGACGAAAAACGGUAGGUAAAUAAAUUUAAAACGUUCCCCGGGAAAGCGUCGCGACGAAGCAGGCUUUGGGAAUUUCAGCGCGUAAAAAAAGGUGACAGAAGAAAAAACGCAGAGGUUACUGAGAUAACAAUGAAAAGGGGCUGAUUUGGUUGGAGGUCGUCUCGGGAGAUGAUUGAUGAAGAGUCGAAAAGGUGAGGAAACUGCUUUUAUUCUUGACUGUUGAUUGGAAAUGGAAAUUGUUUUUGAUCGGGUGCUGAUUGAGAUUUCUUUUGAGAUGGAGUUGGAAUCGUUCUCAAAGGUUUUUUUCCGAGUCAGAGUUCAUCAAUGAAAUAAAAUCGAUUACAUUGAUUUCAUAACAUGACAGCUGCAAAAGUUCACUCCAUAUUAACGGCUCACAUCUCUCUUUUUAAUUUCACGGUAUGACAGUUCUUUGUUGACAUCACUACACUCCGAUAGGAAAUUACUCACUUUCAAGUAAAACUUUACAUAUUUUAGUGCCAAAAUUGGCCUUGCAGAAAGUUUUUAAGCAGUUUCCCACCCUUUCCGUGAAAUAAUAUCAAUUAUGAGCGGAAGACCGAGCAACAGCGCUACAAAAUGAGUAAACUUUUCCGGUCGCUGCCAGCAAAGUACCGACCGGAAGGUCGGGACGAAACUUUUCCCUGUGGGGAUAAUAUUGUUAAAACAAUGAAGCAAGACGGGGAUAAAAAAUGAGGUCACAAAACUAUCGGAACUCCUUUGAAGUUGUCCACGGAGGAAGCGAAGCGCGCAACAGCUAAUAAUACUAGUAAUAAUAAGGGGAUUAAAAAGUGAGAGAGUGGAUAAAACUUUACUAUACGCAGUAAUUACUCAAAAAGAAAGAAAAAAUAAUGGUUAUUGCAAUUAAGUUUCUGCGCGAAAAGAAAAGGGACGACGGAGUGUAAAGCACUCUGUUUAAAUUAGGUUUGGCUUUGUUGUGUAUGAGAGAGCGCGCGAGCGAGCGCAUGAGAUACCGCGGGAACUCAUUAGUGUUGUGAGUGCUCGUCGCAGUAGGCGACGGGAUUCAAGAUGGCGGCGAAGCCGCCGCGAGUGAUGGGUGAGUGUAAUUAAAUUAGUUAAACAAUUUGAAAUGAGGCAAAAAAGUGUAGAUAUUUGUUGAACGGUUGGUUUUUAUAUGAAUUACGCGAUGAGUUACGGUUAUGAGAGUGGCGCUUGGAAAUUCGGCUCCUAGUUGCGAGAUUUGUUUUAUCUUUUUGAAUAAAAACCAGGUGCAGUUCCUCGUUUAGUUGGACGAGCAGACUAUGCAAACAAGAAAAACAGACACACACUAGUAGGCAAAUUAUUGAAAUCAAAUUUUAUAAACAAAUCAAAACAGUAUAUUAAAUUUUAGAGAUUUUGAUGAGCAGCAAAAUAGUAAGGUAAAGAAAAAUCAAA